GUACUGCUCGGCCCUUCACCCGCUCUCGUUUACUCGACUAUAUAAGCUCCAAUAUGGAAGAUGAAAAGUAUCAGUUGUUCCACAAAUCAACCGAAUUCAACAUGAAGCUGUUUGUUAUCGCCGCUGUCUUGGCCGUCGCUGCCGCUGCUCCUUCCAGCUACAAGCCGGAAUACAAAGCCCCAGCCUACGCUGCCCCAAGCUACUCUGCUCCCAGCUACUCUGCCCCAGCUUACGCUGCUCCAGCCUACGCCGCCCCAGCCUACAAGGAUAACAAAUACGCCGACAUCACCAUCACCAGCCAAUCUGAUGAGCGCAACCUCGAUGGCAGCAGCCAAUGGAGCUACGCCCAGUCCGACUACACCACUCGUGAGGAAUCCCAGGUCCAGAAGAAGAUGCAAGGAGUCAAAUACGAUUCUUACGGCAAAGCCACCUACGAGGACGUUAUGGGCAACACCAACAAGGGAUCUUCCUACUGGAUCUCCCCCGAAGGCGAGAAAUUCACUUUGACCUGGGCCGCCGAUGAGGAGGGAUUCAAACCCCAGGGCGCCCAUUUGCCCGUUGCCCCCGUCCACGUCUACGAGCUCCCCGUUGCUCCCGUCCAUGAAUACGAACUCCCAGUUGCCCCCGUCCACGAAUACGAACUCCCCGUUGCCCCCGCUCUGCCCUACAAGCGCACCGGAGCCGGUUAUUCCAGCAGCAGCUAUUAAUAAGUUAAAUUAAAUUAUUUGAAGACCAUUGGACGCCUGAAUGAUGCCAUCGAUCAUAUUUGAUGUUUUCUUUGCGAUAACGUUGAAUAUGAUGGUGUAAAUAAAUCCAAAUUAUCUAAGAUCAA